UAUAAAAGGUAAGUGGCAGUAAGCUGUAAGCUCCAUCUUCGAACCAAAGCAAAACAACUAUUCGAUUUGAUACGCCGAUCACCAUGUGCAUCUGCCUCAAAUGUGGGUGCUUUAGCUGCAAAACUACAAGCGGGCAGGAAGAGAAAAAGAAAGCUGGCUGUCUUGAUAUUUUACUGGCUAUCUUCGUGCCUCCUGCUGGGAUUUAUAAAAAGGAAGGCUGCUCGUUACAGGGCCGAUUCUGGGCAAAUGUUGUUCUGACAGUACUGGGAGUUGCUCCAGGAAGCAUCCAUGCUGUGGUUUGCGUAUCAAGCAAUUGAACAUUUUAUACACAUAUUAUGAACUCCAAUUCAGAUAUCGUCCCUUGUACUGAAUAAUUACUAUUCAUUUCGAUUGUCAACAAAAUAUGCAGUAAUUGUGGAACUAGGAUAUAGGU